AUGACACAAAACAAACCUUCGCAUUUGUUGGUGGAGACGAGGGAGCGAUCAAAUUCUGAAGUUUCUAAUGAUGAUGAUGAAGAGGAGGAGGAAGAGGAGGUUGUGGAUCAUCAUGGACUUAAACAGGAAGAUGAUGAUAUGAAAUCGGAGUUGAAAUCUCUGGUUUCCGAAGUGAUAGAGCACUCAAAAGAAGAUCAAAAUCAUUUGGAAGAACCUCCUAUGGAGAUUGGUUCGGUUUCUAAUGAUACCACCAUUAGAGGCAAAUUGACCAUGUUUUCAAAUUGUCUCGUGAACGACUUUGUCACCGUAUUUAAAGAUAAUCCCGAACAACGAGAAUUGGUGUAUGACUCCUUGUUCUAUCCGCAUCAUAUCCGAUCUGUUGUGCUACAAGAAAAGAGAAAGAAAAAGUCAACUCCAUCAAAUCCUUUGAGCUCUCCAACUGGAAUGCCUGGUAUCAUAGACUUGGACAGCCCAGAUAACGACAUGACAGCGAUUCAUUUAUAUUACUUGAUUGCAAUUCUGAAAGAACGCCAAAGAUAUCAAAUCAAACAAUAUUUAAAUAACCCAAACGUGCGAAUAAUCCUAUCAUCUCAAGUUGAGGAAUAUCCUAUUAUCAAUGAUGACAGCAUCCAGCUUCAUUACAAUGAUUUUGGUGUCUCCAUUGAUACCUUGUGUUAUUGUCUGGAAAGUAACAGAUACAUUGAACUUUCUGACGAAGGAAAGUUGAUUAAGACGUUAAGAAACUCAUUUUUGAAACCUAUAGUUAUCACAAAGAAGAAGCUUGUUGCAUUUUUGAGUCUAUAUCCGGAUUUGUUUGAAAUCACCAAACCACGUAAACAACUAGACGUGAUUUCUCUAAAAUUUUUGUGCUUUUCAUUCGAUGAAAAUUAUCAGCUUGUUGACCGAUUACGUUUAGAAUUAUCUGGAAAUGUUGUGAGGCUAGUUGGGCGUGCUUCUGGAGAAAUUGAGUGUUGUUCCAUAGACUUCCGUAAUCUUCCAGAAAAAAAGAUUUUAGACGUGAACAACGAAGAACAUAUCAAGUUGAUUUUAAAGAUACUAUCAGAGGACUUUCCAAAAAAUAGAACUGCUUUCAAGCUCAGCGUAUUGAGAAAAGUAAUCUUCAACAAGUACGACUAUAAGCCCUUCAAUCUUGUUUCUUUCCUAUGCUGCUUUCCUCAACAUUUCCAAAUUAAUCCAAAAGCAAACAAGAAAGUGAAAAGAAUUUUACCAGCAGUGGAUGACUACAAACCAAGAAUUGAAAAUCUCAUGUUUGGUAGUGGUGUUGAGUCUAAAAAGUCACAGUCUUCAAAUGUCGUAGAUUCAGCUCUUACAAAACCUUUAUUUGAGUUACCAGCAAGCGAUCAAUACACAGUAGUAUUUGCUACUAAUCCAUCCGACGUUGAUGACUGGAUCGAGAAAUAUAUUUAUCAAGCUCUUGAAGUUGGAGGUGAAGACACUGUAGUUGUUGGAAUGGAUACUGAAUUUGAUUUAUUUAAACUCAACAAGAAUUAUCAAUUGAAUCCAGUACUUCACGAAAAAUUGUGGAAAUUAUUCAAAAAACAGAAGCAAUUUUGCUCUACAACUGGAAUAUCUAUUUACAACAAUGCUGAAUCAGAAUAUCUCAAAACACAAUAUUUCAAAGAAUUUGAACAGACUGCAUUUCCUGACCUCAUUCAAUUGUCAACUGGAAGUUCUUGUUUGCUCUAUGGAGGCUGUGAAGGUAUCCAUGCACCAUCACCACUUUUUGUUCAACUAAUGUACGACAAGAGAGUACUGAAAACAUGGUGCUCUUAUGGCGAGGAUGUCAAGCUGAUCAAGUUAUGGUUUCAACAUUUUGAGAUGGCUCCUCAAGGAAAAGAAUUUGAAAGCUUGAUCGAGUUAGAUGCCUCUCAGAAAGGUGCAUCUUAUUUAUGUGAACAGCUACUUGGAAUGAAAAUGGCCAAAGAACGCUCUGUACAAGUUUCCAGAUGGUCUCGGUUGAACUUGUCUACCAUACAGAAAAAGUAUGCUGCGCAAGAUAGUUAUUUGAAUUGGUUGCUCUUUUCGAAAAUGGAAUCAGAAAGAAAAGACUAUUCUACUCUUGAGGACACGGAAGAUAUUUCCUUCUCUUUGUUUGACCCAACCACACAACUUUAA